AUGAUGCUGGGCUUGGCCACAGCUGGUCCUGUCCUUUCUUCCAAGCCCACUCCACCCAGAACAGGCUGUCGCAUUGGCAUUUCCCAGUCUUUGUCACUACAGGAGCUAGAAGUCUCCAAGAAAGGCAAGGAUGCUUUGGUCCAGGAGCGCCCCAAAGCCCUGCAGGCUGAGCUGGCCCUGACACUGGAGGUUCUGGAGAACGUGACUGACUCAGCCCUGGGCCCCAUCCUGCACCAGCCUCUUCACACACUGUGCCACAUCCAGUCCCAGCUGCAGGCCUGUACACAGUCUCAGCCCACAGCAGAGCCCGGGUCCCCGAGUGGCCGCCUCUUCCUCUGGCUGCACAGGCUCCAGGAGGCCCAGGAGAAGGAGACCCCCGGCUUCCUGGUGGACUCUGUCACUUCCAACUUCUUCCGCCUGCUCAUGGGGGACCUGAAGUGUGUGGCCAGGGGAGAUCAGUGUGAGUACAGUGGCCCGACACAGCGCAUCCAAGAUUCCGGACUCCACACUCGGUCCCACCCCUCCCUUAACUUAUUUCCUCUCACUUUUUAUUUAUGAAGCUGCGGU